AUGGAAGAUUUGCUUUCAGUCACGUUGCUCAAUGAGAAUCUUCUCACCUUUAUGCGAAAUUGGGACACGGUGUUGUCGGGGAUUCCCAAAACCCCGGAAGCAUCAUUCCUCGAACCACUAUUCCAUAGACAGGUCAAAAAGGUCAAGGCUCUCUCGCAUGACAUCAACAUCUACGAAAGAGCUCUUGAAGGUUCCAAAGAACGGUCCUACAGUUUCCUGUAUGAUGCUGCGAAUGCGCACCUCAACAGGAAGCGCCUUGAACGCAACCGGGAACGGAUGGCUCGACAGACGGGCAGUCCUGCUGUGCCCACUGCACCUGCACCUAAGAGGGUUCCUAAAGGUUUCUGCGUUUCAUGGGUCCGUAAUGGUUCCUGUACCAAAGGUGACCAAUGUAAGUACAAGCACCAGACUCCGGCCAAGGGACGCGGCCGCUCCGCUACGCCGGCUGGCUCACGAGCAAGCUCUGCAAGCCCCGGUGGUAAGCCUAAGAUCUGCAAGUUCUACAAGCAAGGACGUUGCGAUCGGGGGGAGAACUGCAAUUUUCUCCACACAGGCAAGCCAGGUGCAGCUGCGCCUUCCGAAACCAGUGGGAAGGGGUCAAAAGGCAAAGGGAAGAAGAAGGACCGCAAGAAGAAGAAAGAUCGCAAGUCUUCUCGCUCUAGCUCCAAGGGUUCUAAGGGUAGCAGGAAUUCCAAGGGAAGUCAAGGCUCCAAGAACUCGAAGGGCUCAGGCAGAAAGAAGCCUUCAAGCGGUAUCCCUGCUGCUGUAUGUCUCCUUAGUGCUCUUGUUGCUGGUUCGGCCACCCAAGCCGAUGCUUUCUCCCUCCGGAAGGAGUGGACGGACCAGGUCACCAAUUGCACGUAUCCCUAUAGUCUGGCGCUACCAGCGGUAAAUUUCAGCUCUGAAGUCGAUUACAUUAACAUUCCUGUUAGUGAUCCCAACGCGAGGUUCACUCCAGUAUCGCCCACCAACCGUAAGCAUCGAGGAGAAAAGCCUUUGGAUUUUGUUCCAGAAACCAGAGCAGACUCCAUCCGAGAGGCCCAGAUGUCAGCGAAGAUGCUGAAAGCUUCCAUCUCUACCAAGGACGACGUUCCGGCCUGCCGAUGGGAGUGUGAUUCGGAGAUUGGAUGUAAUCACUGUAUCCCAAAGGGUCUCAGAAUGUCGUGCCCUGCUAAGACUAAAGGGUCCUCUAAGAUGCUUAACCUUGAGUGGAUUGGUGACACAGGGAGUGCACAAGACCUAAUCGCGGAGAGGGAUCUCCAGCAUUUGAAGGCUUAUGAGUCUGAACAGCCGAUCAACAUCAUGACCGCGAACGGUCCCAGCUCUGCUGACAAGCAAUGUGAUGUCGACGUUCCGUCGAUUGCUAUUUCUGCCAAGCCUUAUGUACUGCCGGACACUCCUUCAGUCCUCUCCAUAGGACAGCGUUGCAUGGAGCAAGGUUUCGAUUUCAUUUGGAGAGCCUGUACUCGCCCUUACUUGAAGACUCCUGAGGGUGAAAGAGUUUUCCUUGAUGUUCGAGAUAACGUGCCUUUCCUCAAAUCGUGGAAGGAGGGCACUGCCUGCCCUGCGCGUGAAUCUAGGUCCGAUGAGAUUCAGCCUGUUGCCAGAGGUGAAAUGCCUGAUCGCAGCUCUGAAGAGAUUGCUUCGCAGCUUCUGGAGAAGCACGACUUCUCGGAGCGAUCGUGCGUUGAUCUCUUGCGCACCGUCAAUUUUGGAGCAGGUAGGAGUAGAAGAAAAGCACUAGGAGAGAAGCGUGGCAGUAGCAAAGAGAAGUACGUGAUACUUGGUGCCUUUGCGCAUGGAGGGUUUCAUGGUGUAACCAAGAGAACUGGACGCCAUGUUAACACCAUCAAGUAUCUCAUCGCAUUUCUUCGCAAGAGAGGGGCGGAGUUGGAGAGCUGUUCAUCACUCUGCAUCAACCAGAACUCGCCUAUCAAGGUCCAUAAGGAUGUGAACAAUCACAAAGACCAUCUCAAUGUUACGAUUGCCGUGGGAGAGUUUUCCAAUGGUGGCCUUUGGAUUCAUGACCCGAACGCUAUGAAAACCGAUAAAAAUUAUCUAGAGGUCAAGGAUUCUGUAGGCACCAAACUCCCUGGGAUGGUCCAUGACAGUCACAACAAGAUUGUUGUUUUUGACCCGAAGACAUCCCAUUCUGUGAGGCCUUGGAAGGGUGAACGUUGGAGCAUUACUGCCUACACCUGUAGGUCAGUUUACCAACUUGAUAACCAGGACGUUGCGAAGCUUCGAGGUUGUCCGAAGGAGCGGUGCGUGCUGAACCGGACGUCGGUCCUCCUGCCCCGGCAGCGGCCGAUGCCCCUGAUGGGGAAGCAGCAUCAAGUGACGAUUGACGUUUGGGUUGGUCCGAAAGCCCAGCGCAAGGGUAGAGACAGAUUCGAGCCUACCAGUGAGCCUGCGAUCUUUAUGGGAUACAAGUUCCAGCCUGGUAUGAAAUGGCGCAAGGAGGUCUUUGCAAUUCAUCUCAAGCAGCUGAACAAGCAUGAUUUCCACGAGUGCCAGAUGCCACUGAAGGACCUGUCAGUCAAUCGCUCACCAAUCAGGACGCUGAAGCUGCAGAUGAGCACCUGCCUGCACCCGCAGACCGAGAGGUCGAGCACCAGAGGUUCUAAGAAGCCCGAAUCCAUUCCCUCAUACCUUUGGGUCAACAUGUCCAAGAAACAGAAGGAGAAGGCCAUUGUUGAUGAGGCACGCGAACAGGCAUUGCGUGACAUGGAGACUCCUACCGAGGGUUCAGCCGGUAGCUCCUCUGCUGCCGCCGCAGCACCUGCUGCGAGCAAGGACCACUGGGAGGUCCGACUGAACGAAUGUAAGCUAAUACGCUAUCAUUACGUUCCCAGAAGAGAAAUGUUCUCACCGGACAUCACCGAUUGUCCGAUUGAUCUAUCGCGCAUCUCUAAGCAACGGAGUACAACUAUCAUUCCCGUAGGUGGUGUUGACGUCAUCCAUGAGGACGAUGAUUGGAAGAACGUUAGGAAGCGGAACAAAAAGACUAGUUUCAAGUGGAUCGGCAAGACUGAGUUCAUUCUGGACAGAAUCCACAGUCCCGCUCCUGACGGAGAUGGUAAGGACACAUUCCCUGCCAUGCCUACUGUACCUCAUGAACCCGAGCAUCGCGAAAAGAUUUCCAGCAACCUUCCCGUCUCAGAGGACGAGGUACGAGAGCUUUUUGCUCUUGUUGCAAGGCCUGUUGGUCGCAGAGAAAUCCUCGAGGACCCGAAGGCCCAGGCUGCCCUUGAUGUUGAGUGGAACAAAUUAAUGGUUAAGAAAGCCUGGGAUAUGGGAUCUGUUCUGGAAUGGAAAGACGUCAGUGAUGAAGCCAUCAAAAAGGGGAAGAAGGUUCAUGUUGGAAAAGUUUUUGAGAUCUGCGUAGAAAAGGGAAGUGAGCUUCCCAAAGGUGACCCACAACGGAAAUUUAAGGGUCGAACCGUGUUCCAAGGGAACAACGUCAAAGAUGAGAAUAGUGAUCAGGCUCUUUUCAGUGAGCUCGGAUCCAGUCCCGCCACGAUGGAGGCUGGGAAAGCGCUUGACGCCUAUGGACACGCACCGGGCAACGACUGUCAGCAGGCCGACGGCAAACAAGCAUACACCCAAACCACGCUCAAGGGAAAGGAAACAUGGGUUAGGCUCCCGCCUGACCGAUGGCCUUCAGAGUGGAAGGGAAAGUACAAAGAUCCUGUCGUGCGGCUGACGCUGGCACUCUACGGUCAUCCCGAUAGCGGGGGUUUCUGGGAGUUACACUGUGAAAAGAUGCUAGGCGAGGUCGGGUUUCAGCUUGUGUUCCCGGCUGCGUGGCCUUCAGUUUUCUUCCACCCCCAGCUUCGCCUUCUACUCGCAGUCUAUGUAGAUGACUUUAAGAUGGCCGGAUGUUAA